UCGGCACCUAUGGCUUCGAAGAGAACCUCCACGAGGCCAAUUGUCAAGGGUCUUUGGCAGUUGCAAACUGACGUCGACAAAAUCCGGUUAUAUGUACGUGUAUGCACAGGCUAGUUCCAACAUAUCGCACUUAAGGUACCGCCCAAUGCUACCUACUUGCAUGGCACCGUCGCCUAUUGCCUGUGACCGGGCCAGGCAUGCAUAUCGGCUUUGUUCGUGGCAGAAUCCUCGUCACCCACAUGGUGGCCAGGUCACUUCUGUUGGGAGGCCCCAUACUCUAUGCUGCUCAUGCACUGCUCAUGCGUCGCUCAUGCUGUUGUACCCGCUUGUGCUGCCUGACUCAUGGCACAUAAACGGUGCCAGGUGGUGUCGCCGGUCAGUUUUUGCCCUGCACCGGCCAACUUCAUCAACCUUUGCUGGGUUAUGCUGGAUUCACGGAAUAACUUCAGGUAACACGCACGCUGGCCUGGCCCUGCCCAUGGCAUUUCCAACGGCCCCUGCUCUCGAACUAGGUCGAAUCUACACUCGCUGGCGCCCAUCCUCAUCCAAACCCGGCCCGGCUGGAAGGUCAAGUGGGCUCUCACAGGUGCCCUCCAAGAGCACAAGGGUAGCAGACAGGGUCCCAGGGCCCUAAAAGUGGGCACAGAAGCAUCAUGGAACAAAUUGGCUUGGCGCCAGACCUUCCAUUCCACAACAGCCGCAUGAUAUGUCAGCCAGUCCGUAAUCGUGUGCGCUCUGAUUCCCUGGAUUGGGGGUGAGCCAACGCCGCCUCGAGUCGCGGGUCACUCUGAGACCAAGGCGGCUCGUCGAGUACCUGGG